CGAAUCACAAGCAAGACGCCAUAGAAUUUAAAUCCGGAGUAGAGCAAGUGUAGAGCGUGGGAAGUAAAGCAAGGCUGCCUCUUUGGAGGGGGAACGAAUAUCGUCUAUGAUAGGUCUACCAUUUCCCCUUGAUUUCCCAGCUCGAUGACUUUGAUCUGAGCAUUCCCAAACCCUCCAUAUUAUCCUUCAGAAAUGCCGGUGGAAGCCACUCACCUGACGAAUCCAUUUUCCUUUGACGAUGACGACGAAGAAGGAUGGCAGGAAAUGCCAGUCAUCAAAGAGGAUGACUUUGGAGGCGGUCUUGACGAAGAAGAUCAGAAGAAAUAUCACUACAUGCCCUCAUCAAAGAAACCGUUGCAAACUACAUCGACAGCUGGCAACGCAACUGGCAAUCUCAUCGAUUUCGACGAGGAGGGUGUCGAAUGGCGCUCCAAGACAGAACAGAAUGAGAAUGAGUAUACUAGACUACGGGUCAGCGAAGAAGAUGAGGCGGAUGAAGUUCACCUGCGUACACGAUACCUAUUUGACGAGGACAAGGCCAUGACCCCGCUCAGCCAGAUGCAAGCGACCAAGAAUAUGCUGACCGAAGCACAACGCAUUGCCUACGUUGGUGUCUGUGCCCUCGCGGCGAAAGAAAUGGUGCAGAAGCUCAAGACUACUAAGAGAAAGGAGCUCAAAGCAUCUUUCCAACAUAUGGAGCUAUGGGCGAUGAAGAUCAUGGGCCGGCUCUAUUAUCACAUGGAGCUUGAAACUGCAGAGCAGAAGAUGAUAGACAGCCUAGCUGCGCAUGGUGUGCAAGCGAUAGAUCUUGUACCAUCGUUAAUGACAACCCAUACCGUUGCCAACCCCGAAUACGACCCUGUUGAAGCACGGCGGCAGGCUGAAGCUCGAGAGUUGAAGAAAGAUACGACAAGCAGGCGGAACUCCAAAGACGAUAAACUUCGACCUUCCAGUCUGGUGUCGGGCGGUCGUAGUCCUCCUCAGACGCCAACAUCACCCUCGGCCACUCAGAUGAGCUUUCAAACUACGGCCAAAGUUCUUGAGGCUACUGCCGUUGAUUCUGCAUCGAUGGGAGUUACCACGACGCUUUCAUCCGCUGAAAAAGACGUUACACUUGAUAUUCGGUGGACCGUUUUGUGCGACCUGUUCCUUAUACUCAUUGCGGACAGUGUCUACGACGCAAGAUCACGUGUAUUACUGGAGAGUGUGGCUCUUAAGCUCGGACUUGGCUGGUUGGAUGUGGUAAAGUUCGAGGCGCGCGUGACAGAGGCACUUGAGAUUCAAGAAGGUGUCGAGAAGAUGGAGAAUCAGGAGAUUAUUGAGGGAUCGUCGAAUGCCGCGCGGAAGAAGCGAUAUAUGAUGUUGGGUCUGGCCACACUUGGUGGUGGUCUGGUUAUCGGACUUUCUGCUGGACUUCUCGCGCCUGUCAUUGGUGCUGGCCUAGGUGCAGCAUUUACCGCUGUCGGCAUAUCUGGGACAACAGGAUUUCUUGCCGGGGCCGGUGGUGCUGCUGUGAUCACGACUGGAGGUGUUCUGACUGGCUCUGGGAUCGCUGCUAACGGAAUGGCCCGACGUACGCAACAAGUACGAAUAUUUGAUCUGCUACCGCUACACAACAACAAACGUGUCAGCUGCAUCCUGACCGUUCCUGGGUUCAUGAAUGGCAAGCUUGAUGACGUCCGCCUGCCUUUCAGUGUUUUGGAUCCCAUCGUGGGCGAUGUAUUUAGUGUACUUUGGGAGCCUGAGAUGAUUCAAGAAACUGGUAGUGCGCUCAAGAUUCUUACCGGAGAGAUUCUGUCACAAACAGUUCAAACUGUACUCCAACAUACGGUGAUGACUGCGCUGAUGAGCGGACUUCAAUGGCCAAUCAUUCUCACAAAGCUUGGUUACCUAAUUGAUAAUCCUUGGAAUAAUGCGCUCGACCGUGCCCGGGCAGCUGGCAGUGUUCUUGCACAACUCCUUAUUCAACGUCAUCUUGGCGUUCGGCCUAUCACACUCAUCGGGUUCUCUCUUGGCGCACGUGUCAUUUUCUACGCCCUCCUCGACCUUGCCAAGGCAAAAGCUUUUGGUAUCGUACAAGACGUUUUCCUCCUCGGAGCCACGUUAACAGCAUCAACAAGCACAUGGUGCAAUGCCCGCAGCGUCGUUUCAGGGCGCUUUGUUAAUGCAUUUGCCAGACAUGACUGGGUCCUUAACUACCUCUUUCGUGCAACCAGUGGUGGUUUAAAUACGGUUGCAGGCUUGCGGCCAAUCGAGAAUGUGCCAGGUUUAGAGAACGUCGAUGUUACGGAUAAGAUUUCGGGGCAUAUGAGCUAUCGCGCAUUCAUGCCGCUCAUAUUAGACCAGCUUGGCUUCCCUGUUUCGUGUGAUUACUUCGAUGAACCCGUCGAACCCGAAUUCAACGAGGAAAGAGUUGUUGUAAGAGAAGGGGACCAUACACAGAAAAAGAAGUGGUUUUCUAGAAAGAAGCCCUCAGCGUCACCAAUACCAGUAUCGAGGCCACCCUCGACAACUUCUUUUGCUUCUUCUAGACGGAAACCCUUUUCACUAGGGAAACCGACUGAUGAUGACACUGAACCACCUCGGGAGUUCACGGGGACUCCCCCACCUCAGAAUUCAACACAGCCUCCCGGCGGCCAAUCACCCAAUUCUUCUAUUGAUAUCCCUGUUCAUGCAGGAUUCGAUCUAAAGGCCAUCAAAGAUAUGAUAGGACAAUCGGAGAAGAUUCCCGAGGAAAUGCAGGUUCCUCAGCCUUACCAAAUUCACCCAUCUCUAGACGUAUCAGAAUCUCCACCCGCAUACACAAUUGCACCCACACACGUCGCCAACCCUACGGGUUUAUCCGUGGCUGAUGUUUACUCGAGCGCUGACUUCAGCGUUACGUUGGCCACGUCACUCCAUCAUGUGCCUGAUUCUGGUGAUGACGUCGAUGGUGGUCAGGGCAUGUCCUCAAUUGCAGAUAGCCUUGGCUCGCUAGAUCACCCGAGCCACCCUUCUUCAGCCACCUCUCCCCAUACCUCUAUUCCUCAAAUAUCCUUUGGUAGAAAUGAGACAUCGAUAUGGUCUCCUCCGUUACCAGAGACAAAUUCUUCAUUUGGAGAUCCCUUUACGGCUAGCACAGUCUCGUUUGAAAACUGCAGUAGACCGACGAAUGACCUACAUAGGAACUCUCCAGCGGCAGGUCCUUCAGCAUCACUUUCAUUCGGUGGAACAGACGGGACGAUAACUUUGCAGGGUAUAGGGCGAGAUCCAUGGAGUAUUCCUGUUGACCCGAAGAAAACUCCUAAUUAUCUGGCCAAUCCUUGGUCAACUUGAGAGUGUUGGAGCAGGGUGUGGUCAUUGUCAGACACAUGCAUGCUCAUUGACAUGCAUCUACCGAACUUUAUGCACAUACUCUGACAUAGUGGCAUCAUCUGGAUCUUCUCAAGGUUUGCACAUAUGUAGAAACGACAGUACACUUCACUUUUCCUGAAUUAGCUAACUAGUCCAUCAUACCAAGCACAUUCGUACCGGCUUUCCGACUUUUCGGUUGAUCAGGUUGAUAAGUUCAGGCUGAAUGCACAGGAUGGUACUAUCUCAAUAGCCUGCAGUUAGAGACCAUCGUACCAAGUCGCUUGGCUGCCGGCCCGGGGAUGCUCGCUAGGGGAUCGAGAUCAACGAACCGCUACCAUGAGAAAUCGUCAAAAUAAGUUAGUCUGAGUAGACAGUACUUAUGAGAUUCCUCGGCGUUUCUCAAGAUGAGCCUUUUCCGCUAUUUGAACCUCCUGCACAGCGCC